ACUUCUAAUCGGGUCGGAUUGUGAGUACAACUGAACAAUAAUAAGUUAGCUUGGAAAACAUCUUUUACGGGUCCGGGUACUCUAUCCUCUCUUCUCUUCCCUUUCGUGUACAAGCAGGAACCAUGGCAGCCUCCGCCAUAUCACCGUCCUUUACUUUCUCAACCGUUUCUCCUCACCAACGCAGAAGCUCCAAGCUGAAAUCAACAGUUUGUGCGUUACCGAGUCCGUAUAGCGAUUCAGCUAAACUCGGGUUGUCAAGUAAUGCACAAAAGUUGCAGUUGACACCAGAGGAAAUGAACUUACAUGCUCCUCUUAAUUCAAGUUACAAUCCAAUUGUAGCAAGAAGAGGGGCCCCUCCACCUAUAAUGCCAGCUGUCAUGACGCCAGGUGGACCUUUGGAUCUUUCCACCGUAUUAUUCAGGAAUCGUAUUAUUUUUGUUGGCCAGCCAAUCAACUCACAGGUUGCUCAGCGAGUUAUAUCACAACUUGUUACACUGGCCACAAUAGACGAGAACGCAGAUAUUCUGGUGUAUGUGAACUGUCCUGGCGGGAGUACAUACUCUGUGUUGGCAAUCUAUGAUUGCAUGUCUUGGAUAAAGCCUAAAGUUGGUACGGUGUGUUUUGGAGUUGCUGCAAGUGAAGGGGCACUUCUUCUUGCUGGUGGAGAGAAGGGGAUGAGAUACGCAAUGCCAAAUGCACGUAUUAUGAUACAUCAACCACAAAGUGGAUGUGGGGGUCAUGUUGAGGAUGUACGGCGCCAAGUCAACGAAGCUGUUCAGAAUCGCCAUAAAAUCGACAUGAUGUAUUCGGCAUUUACUGGCCAACCACUGGAGAAAGUGCAACAAUACACUGAAAGGGAUCGUUUUCUAUCUGUUUCAGAGGCGUUAGAAUUUGGGCUCAUUGAUGGAAUACUCGAAACCGAAUACUAGAUGUGAUUGGUUCCACCAUUAUGUAUGCAACGAUCAUAGAUGUCUGGCAAUCACCACUUUGAUGACGUAGCAUGCAACCUGCCUAUGUUACCAAUGUUGCAAGCAUGAUUAAAUCAAAUAGUUAUCCACUAAAACGAUCAUUCUAUCUAGUGGAUCUUCGUUCUCAUAUUAGAUUUUAAUGUUAGAUGUUCCUUGACAUAUAAUUUACCGACUGUUAUUGGUACCUGUGGUUAUACAAAGGACUCAGUUAUGGAGUGUAAUGUAGUCCUCAUUAUUCUCUCCAUGAAAGGUUUGGGAUUGUAGGACUGCUUAGAAAUAAAAAAAGAACAAUUUUUUUUUAA